CUGGAAAUUUAUUUUCAGUUAUGGAAACAGAAUGGCCCUAAAUCUCUCACAAGACCUUUUUCAACUAUAUCUUGUUUUGUGUUCUGUAGAAGAAAGAAAGUCACACAAGUUGUGAAAUGACAUGAGGUUGAGUAAAUGAGUAAAUGAGUUUUCAUUUUUGGGUGGCUGGGAGAAUGUAGAUAGUAGUCAAAGAAUGCAAAUCAUGUCUUGGGGCCAAUAAAACCUUAACUAACGUCAUAGUUGGACCUCAGGGAAGAACAACAUAUGAUGUGACCCAAAUCACUUCAAAGCACCAUUUCAUGCACUGGUAAUCAGAUGCUCUGCAUGCUCUACCCAUCACGCUGAACCUUUUUCUGUCACCUCAGCCAGCUGUGAAAGUUUCCGAUCGCAAGCAAGUAGGUUGUAUUGAUUGCAUGUGGUCAGAAAUGACACAUCUGAAAGCUAUUUAUAGAAACUGUGGCAUGCUCAUUUUAAGCAGUUAAUAUAGCAGACCGCAGCAGAAAGGAUAAGUUGAUAAGAGAUUUGUACAUUUGUCAUUUUCCAUCCGAUGUGCACGAUCACUCAACUAGAUCAACUCAACUUUUUAUGUUUGUGAUUUUCCGUGCAGACUUGCUGAUUUGCUUCUCAUCUGAAAUCGGCACAUGGUGAACUGAUAACCCGGUGGAAUGCAGCCUCCUACGACUAUAAUUAACUUAGUCCAUUUGUCAUGGGAAUUAGAGUUGGAACAUCUCCAGUGACAUCACUUUAUGCAACACCCUUUUCAAACUUUAUCUGCUCAUUUACACGACAACAUCGUUUUGGGAGCAUGAAAAUUCAAAUUUUUGAAACAGGUUUCAAAGUGCAAGUUUUUGAAAAAUUGUCUCCUUGUGCACUACCAAAAAUGCUAAAUUUGAGGAAACAGAACCAUCGUGCGCAUUCAUAUACAGUGUUUAGUUUAGGAAUGCAUAUGUGUGCAGACGUGUAGUGUUUCUUUAAAAAGUGACAUCGCCAUCUACUGGCCUGGCAUGCAUAAGUGUUUCUAGUCGUUUUCGGAGAUCUGCCGUCUGUUUGCAAAACGUCCCAAUCUGAUGAUUUAGUUUCCAUGACAGUUAUUACUAUGGCAAUUGGUUUUGGUACAUUUGGGAAUAUGGGAAAUUAAUAUAUGCAAAAACUAGCUCUAGACAAUUUCUGAACCUUUCUGAAACCUUCCUGAAAUUUCUGGAGCUACUUCCGUUGGCGUCUGUAUUAUUGCAUCACUGAGCCCAUGACAUCAUGAAAUUCAUCUAAACCAACAUUUGUGUUGUGUAUUAGUACAGCUCGAACAUUUGCAAAACACCUUCUCCAGUUUGUUCUGCUCUCAGGCAUCUGUGCGUCAGAAAAGGAGUGACAGUUAGACCUGUACGUCACAGGAAACUACAAGUGUCUAGUAAACAAAGCUUCCUGCCACAGUGUUCAAUGCUAAAACACUGAGACGACCACAGCAGCAUCCCACAGUGACACUUCACCUGAAACAGAUUUCAGCUACGCCUCCUCAGCUCCUCAAGAAAACUAGCCUCUCAUCUCUACGGAAAUCCCUCCAAAUAGCUUUCUGACUUGGCCAUCUGAGUUCUAGGCCUUUUGCACACGUUCGUACGCAGACGUGCAGGUGAGGAGAUCUGGAAGGAAGGAUUGUCAUCAUUGCUAGUCUGAGGACCAUGAGAUUGUGGUUCCCAUCAGCAUUGUGUGCCUGAACUCUCCAGAGCAGCAUGGGCAGUCGGCCCAGUAAAGACCGGCGUGGAUCCAGCUCACAUGCUGUUCUCUUGGACACGGUGGAAAGCACUGUCCCGCUGACCAUGGACAGUGGUAGAUUUGUGGUUGUGUCCCUGUACGACUAUCCGUCCAGAGGUGCGGGUGACUGCGCCAUCAGAGUCGGAGAGAGGCUCAACAUUUUGUCAGAUGAGGGAGAGUGGUGGAAAGUCAGUUCAUCAGCCACAGGAAAUGAGAGCUACAUUCCCAGCAAUUACACCGCCAAAGUGUACAACAGGUGGUUUUUUGUGGGUCUCAGCAAACAAAAAGCAGAGGAACUGCUGAUGCUCCCCCAUAAUCAGCCUGGCUCCUUCCUCAUCAGAGAGAGUGAGACCUACCCAGGUAACCACACUCUGUCAGUCCUUAAGGGCAGCUCGCAGGAGCGCGCUUCUGUCAGACACUACCGGAUCAGCUGCAUUGAGAACGGCUGGAUCUACAUCUCUCCCAGACUCACCUUCAGGACCCUCUCAGACCUGGUCGCACACUAUUCAGAAGUUUCGGACGGGCUGUGCUGUACCCUGGGGGAGCCGUGCUACAUCAUUGGAUCCAACAAUGUUCCAGUGGUCACCGGCCCGCCUCCGAUUGCCGUGAAGAGGCCCACUAUAAACUGGAAAGACGUGGACAGCUCCAUGAUCUUCGGGCAGAGUAAAGACAGUGCGGAGAACUCUCUAGUGAGCGAAGGACUGAAGGAGGCCAUUAACUCGUACCUCUACAUGACGGAGGAAUUUGAUGAGUGCAGUCAGCUCUGGGACACAUGAGUGGAAGACGUGUUUGAACGACUUUGGACUCUUGAUGCUGUGAUAUGGGAUGAAACACUUUACAGAAACGAACCAUGCAUCUAAGCGUCUAUUUUCAUUCGUGUAUUUAUGUGUAAAAACUGUUUGAGUGAAAGCAGUGUCGGAUGAAGGUCCCAGACGCGCACACUGACUCAUGCGUUCCUCCAGAGUGGGUGCUGGAGACAAAGAUGUCACAGUUUCCUGUGUGGACGCGCUCCUGGCGGACAUAAAAGAGAAAACAUCUGAAGGAAAGAACGACAGAGGAGUGUGUGAGUAGGAGGGGGAACACAGCUGGGUGGCGCACACAUCCAUUUCCACUCCACUCACAUUUUCUGGAACUUCGUCAGUGUCGAGCUGAUUACAAAUAUGAUCACAAUCAGAGAAUGAUACAUCACAAGAAGCACAAAGAAGCUUUAUCAAUGGUAUCAGUGUUCGAUGUCAUUUUUUGUUGAAAAUGCCAAACUAAAUACGUAUUUAUGACACACAUGUUGUGAAUCUUUCUAAAUAUAUAUGGUUGCUUAAAGAGAUAAAGAUGCAAAAAUGACAGUAAUUUACUCACCUUCACGUCAUUCUAAGCCUGUUUGAGUUUCUUCUGUGGAACACAAAAAAUCUUUUGAAGAAAGUUGAUAACCAAACAGUUUCAGUUCCCAUUGACUUUAAUUGUAUGGUCAAAAAUAUAAUGGAAGUCAAUGGGAAUCACAACAGUUAGGUUAUCAACGUUCUUCAAAAGAUCAUUAAAAGAUGUUCUUUUGUGUUCAAAGUCGUGCAGGUUUGGAGCAACAUGAAGGUAAGAAAACCCAGUUUUCAUUCUUGGGUGAACUAUCUCUUGUGAUAAACUGAUCUAAGUUAUGUUCUUUUAAAUAAACUCAAGAGAAAAAACAAGGUCAUCUUUGUAUUUGUAGAAGCUGACAAAAGCAUCUUGAAUGAGGUGUUUCCUGUCAAUCUUUGCACCUAUUGUUCAGAAGAGAACCACAGUCUUGAGCAGCAGGAAGUCAUGUCUGUGUGUGGUCUGCUCUCAGUGUGCAGGGGGAUAUUCAUACAGCUAUGUUCCUAAACAACCUUACAGUGUAGUGCUGAUGAGAGCACUCUAUUAAAAAUCAGAAGAGCUCUGUUACAUUGCAGUGCCACCUAGAGGCUGUGGUAUUACAAAUAUACAGUAAUCCACAUUUGAAGUGGAUCAAAACCGUUCAUCAAAGUCGUCUUAAAACCAAAACGAUACUUGUCUUGUCUUAGGACAACUUUGGAAUUAUUUUUUUGAUCCACUUCAAACGUGUGUGUUUGUGUAUAUAUACACAUAUAUACAUACACACAUAGCGGUAUGGGUGUCUCAUUUCAAUGAUAGGACAAACUUUUUAUGCCUUCAAAUAAUCGAAGACUUAGAAAUAGAAAAUGAGUGAAAAAGGUUUUAAAAUCUCAUUUUAAUGAUGAAUCCAAUACCACAAAUUAAUAUGUAUACAAGCACAACACUGUGCUGAAACGGUCAUGACAGAUAAUUCAGUCUGCAGAACAUCUGAAUGUUAUGAAGGACGCUUUUAAAAAAUAAAACAACAAAUGGGGGGGAAGGUCAGCCAUCAGUUGAAGACAUCUAUCUCUUGGGCCAAUUGUGGCGAGACCCUCUGCAAACAGAAAUAAACCCAUCAUAUAAAUGCUUUUUUUGUUUUUUUUUUU